GCCAGCGAGAAACGCACGCGGCGCCGGGUCGCUAGAAUCUCGGCUAUUAUUCAAUAUAUUUACGUAUCGUAUGUACGUACUACGUACUCGUACGUACAUAUAAUGAGAUCAGAGAAAAUAGAAAAAGUCACAAUCGAAAAAGUCAAAUUUUCAAAGUAGGCGAGCCCUAACAUAUCAGAGCAUCAGACUAUACUAUACGUAUCGAAAAUAAGACAAAGACGGAAAAUCACUGAAAUUUGAUCAUUUUUAUUUUUAUGGAAUUAAGUGCAAAGUAGUGAACCGUAAACUGUGAACGGAACGUCUCGAGAAGGUUAAUCGUGCGUUGAGACACUGGGCGACUUUUCCGCCAUGGAUUUCAUCACGAACAUGAUCAAACGGCCCCUGAGCAUUCGCCUGUCAGACGCCAGCAGCAGCAGCGGCCUGUCGUCGGCGGAUCCCAAACCAAAGGAUUCCCCAUCUGCAUUGGCUAGCAUGGCUGUCCACCCGGUCUUGACCACAGAGGAUUUGAUUCAACUGGGGGAUCCGGAACCGCUGCCCAGCGGCAGGGAGAGCAUUCAAAAGCUCCUGCUUGACGUCAAUGUGAAUCUGAGCCAAGUUAGCGCCCACGAAAUGGAACAUUUGCAGGCCAUGAGUGCGGAGAUGAGUCCGCUGGCAGUGAAGCAGAGUGUCAGGCCGAGUUUGGAGAAACAAAAGACUCUGGCUACGGCAAUGAUCAUACCGCUAUCAGAGGACCUGGCGAUUGAGCCAGUGGCUCCUAGAUUUGGGAUGUUCGAUGAGGAGAAGAUACCGGAGCUCGCUCCACUCAGUGCCGAAAUGGAGGCCGAACUAACAGCGGAUCAAUCGGAUGCGGAUGUCUUUGUGGAGUGCAUGUCCCUCAACAGCGAAAAGUUCUCCUGUGAUCCUUCAGAGCUGGAGGCCUAUUCGAGUGCCCUCAACGAUGUACUGGAGCAGCAGCUGGAGCAAACAGUCAGUGAUCCACUGGCUGGCGGUAUUGCACACAACACCAGCUACGAGCCCAUGGAUGUGGACGAAAUCAACGAAACCAUGGAAAUGCUGAAGGAUUUCUUGGCUCCAGAGGAUCAUCAGUUGCUGCAGCAGCAAUUCCUCGGGGAUGCCUUGCCGCCCGGUAUGGGUCAAGAGCUGUACCAUAGGCAACAGCAGUCGCCGCAGGAGGGAACAGAGGUGCCCCUGGAAAGGGAGCAGUCACAGCCACAGUCAAUGCCUGUGCAGGAAGUUCCACAGCUGGAAAAGAAAGUGCCAGAGGCAGAGCAAUCCGUUGGGCAGUGCCAGAAGCAAGACGUGCCCUUACCAGCAAUUGGUCUUUUCCAGGAGAAUGGGUCGACUCAGGAGCAAGCAGAGCAGCAAUUGCCAGCAGUUGAUCCUUUCCAAGAGCAAAAGCAAUUAUCUAAAGAACUGGAAGUGGCUCUGCCAGCAGCAGUUGAGCCUCCUCAAGAGCCGAACCAAUCGACUCAGGAGAAGACAGCGCAGUCGCAGACAUGCCAGGAGACGGAACAGCUUGUGAAAGCUCUUACGAUGGAUCAAAUGCUUCAGGAGGAGCCACAAGAAAAGACACAGAACUCAGAGAUAUGCCAACUGCACGAUCAGCAGGUCAUAGUACAUCCUCAGGAGGUACAAUUUGAAAAGCAGGAACCAAAGGAAUGUCCUGUGUUGAUGAACAGCAGCCAUAUUUCCAUGGAAAACGAGCACGAGCAUAGUCUUCAGCUGGAACAGCCUCAAGAGCCGGAAAUACAAACAGAGCAAGUUGUUCCAUCCCCAGCAGAGGAACACUUGAAGAAACCAGAAGAGCCAGCUGUAGCUCCGCUCUCCCCGCCUAUUCCCACUCUGCAGGCGAACAGGGUGGAGUAUCCCAUAUCCCCGCCCAUACCCACACAUCGAGCAAAGACUGCCGAGGAACUGAUGUUCCUCGCACUCAAAGAGUUCCCCUUAAGUGCUAAUGAAGGUGAUCUAGGAUUAGAUGAUAAGGCAACUGUCCCAGAAGAAAAAAAACCCGAUCAGGGGACUGUGGUGGCCGUUACACCUAGACAGUUGCAACAAACCACCAAGCCCCUUUCUCUAGAGCUGGACAGCAGCUCCUCCAACUCCAAGGUACUCUCGACAGGACCCAAUUCACCAAGUUUUCCCAUUAAAGGUCCGACUGAGCAGUCUGCGCACUUUCCCCGCUCGCCGCACGCUCCGGCCGAGCGUGAGGAGAUGUACUACCUGGAGGAGGCCGUCAGCAAUCUGAGCAUUUGCGCGCCGGGAGUCAUUGCCAAGUCGCCGGUUACCAUACAAGUGUCGCAGCCGAGUCCGGAGCAGCGUCAUCUGAAUGAGACGCUGCCCAUGGGUGAAGUUUCUCCGAAACCGCAGGAUGGAACCUUCGAUAGCGGAAAACGGAUCGAACACAGUCCUCAAAAUGAAGAUACACCGUUUCAAGAUUCGCCCACGUUUGCCGUGUCCCUGGGAGCAGCCGAUGAUCAACGGCGUCGCACAUUCUCCGUGGUCAAGUCCACAGAUGACCAGCAGGAGGCAGGAGAGAGCAAAUCGCGUCGUACUUUCUCCCUGGAGAAGGACAAACCUCGACGCACUUUCUCCCUGGAGAAGGACGAACCCCGACGCACUUUCGGUGUGGAGGCGCAUGCCUCGCCGGCAGUGGAGGCCACGGAAGAGAGCAUGGGCAGCGAGGAUUUCGAGGCCAUGGACGUGGACGUCUCUGUGCAGGUUCAUGAGGCCCCUACGCUCUCGUCCCCGCGGACCCCGGCCCAAGAUCCCAAAUUGCCACUAAUCCCCACCCAUCAAAACCUCACCCGUCCGCCUAUCCAUGUGGAGUAUGCUCCGGCGGCCUCUCACCAAGGCAAUGCACCCGCUGUCGUCGAGGAGCAGGCCCUGUCCGCCAAGGAGCAGGCCCAUCUCAGUGCCAGCGACGAAAAGGAUGUGUUUGUGGAGCACUUCGGGGCCUUGUCGCCCGUGUCGGAUGACAUGUUCAAGACGCCACAGUACACCAGUAGUGGGUUUAAUAAUUUAGCCAAAAUGAAGUCCGGAUUAGGAGGAGGAGGAGCUCCCACAAUGUCCCUACCUGGAGAGAGGCAGGAGGAGGAACAGUUUUCCGAAGAGGAGUUUCAGGAUGCCGCCAGUUAUACAAAAUUUAUACUCAACUCUUCAGAUUUCGAUUAUUUGUACACCAAAGGCAGCAAUAAUGCCCCAGUGGAUCGGAGCUCGUUGCUAUUAAAGUUUGAUCCGCUGCUCGGAGCUCCAGUGCCAGUGAACCAUCCACAGCAGCAGGAGCAGGCCCUGCUCAAUGUCCUGGGCAAUCAUAAUCUGAAUCGAGCCCUGAGUCCCACAUGGGAGGAGCACGAAACGAGCGGCAGCAGUCACUCGUUUGUCAUUGAAUCCAGUGCCAAAGAAAUAGUCCAGAACUUUGGGCAUAAACCGCCAGUGGAUAGGACAAAAAAGCAUGCUAAAAUGAGUGUGGACGUUAUAGACAACGAAUGCAAUAAAACCUUCGAUAAUUGCAACCUUAAUACGGAGGACAAAUCCCACACCUACAACAAUAUGGACGAACUGGAGAAGAAGAUCAAAAAUGAAGUAACCCGCUCAGAGGACAUUGAGAAGAAGCUGAAAGAUGCAGAGCAGCGUGAAGAGGCGCUCAUUAAGCGCAUUACAGAAAAAGAUAAAACAAAUUCAAAGCUCACUGGCGUCAUCGAGGCCUAUGAGAAAGCCAUUGCGGAGCUCAUCAGCGAGAAAGAGCAGCUGAUACAGAACUACGAAACGCAACUGCAGGAUGUGCAAACAGAUCGCGAUGCAAAUUACCAUCACUUGACGUCGCUGGAAACGACGUUCUUCGAUCUGCAUGUGAAAUAUGAAAAGAGCAAAGAGAUGACAUCGCAGCUGAAAAACAGCGAGGAUACGCUGCUGGCGGACCAAAAACAGCUGAUGGAGAAUCUGCGAUUGCAAGAGCAGCGCUACGAGAAGAUGAGAAGCCAUGCCAUGCUGCAGCUGGAAAUUGCCAAUAAAAAGCUGGACACAAACGCAAGGGAGCAUGCGGAUGAGGUGAAAAAACUGAAAGCUUUACUCAAAAAGGAGGAAGUGUCGCGCGUCUCGACGACCGAGCAGCUGCAGCAGAAGUCGCGCGAGAAUGCCGAUCUGCUGAAGAUCUGCGAGGAGCUCAUCUACGGCAAGGGCCAAGGUGGUAGUAGUUAAACUCUCUCCAACGGAUUUUCCUGGAAUAUAUAUAAACGCGCACACACAUCCACUCAUACACACAGACACACACACACACACUUGGAUUCAUCUGGCAAGUGGAACGCAUUCGCAUACGCAUUCGCAUCUUGUGGCAUGUCUGUCUAUCAAUCCGAAACUCGCGCCACGCCACGCCACCCUUCAUCCGUCAACCCCACAUUACAUGGUGUUCUAUUAAUUUUUUCUGUUGUGUGCUCGUUACUUGAAUAUUAAAAUUAAUAAUGUUUAGUUGUAUAUGAAGUAAUUCAUGAUGUAUUCCCAAUGGGCUAACGAUCCGACAAAACAUAUUAUACUAUUUCUAGAUUUUUAGUUAACCCCGCAAACACUCACAACCCACACAGUCCGCCCUCCACCCCUUACACCCAGCGAAACGCUUCGGAGCAGCCCAAUUGAGUUCCCUUUGUGUUCCGCAGACGCCUUACGGGUGCGCCGGCUACCCAAACAUAUAUGUUACUAAUUCUCUAUCGAAUCUGCCUACUGAUUUCUGUUCUAUGAUAUUAUCGCGCGGAGAGAUCUGCGUCUGCUGUCGCGACCCCAGAACUGUUUUGUUUGGAAGCAAAUCGAUUAAAUCAGAAUAAAACAAGAAACAUAUAAAAGAACAGCGUACGCUUGACGCGCGCUCUAUACUAAAUGCUUAAGUUUAAAUUUAGUUUAAUUUAAAUGAAAAUUUGUAAUAGUUGCAUUAAGAAUAACUCUGUAUUACUUACUAGUACUAAAAGAAGAAGCGUAAAAAACAAUGGAAUUAUACAAAAAAUACACGCAACAAAUUAUUUAUGCAUAAAAAGCCAUACAGAUCUAUUUCGUUUUCAAUUGAAGCUUGAAUCCUUAUUUGCUUUGCUCUCGAAGAGGCUGCCUUAAAUUAGAAAAAAAAAACGUAGUUGAAUCGAA